GUCCGGCGCCAAGAGGAAUCUUGAUAGUUAUCGCAACUGCUAUGGACAGUUGUGUGGAGUAGCUAUCCUUGACAGCCUAAGUACAAACGACAAGAUUUUUAGACUCUUUAGACUCAGAGUUGAACUACAGCUGAGCCAUGAUAAGUCUGAACCAUCCGACUUAUGCGCGUCUACGCGAUGGCGGCAAUGUUAGCCUGGCGGAGAGUGUGCCAGCAGAGAUUAUGCACAUGGUGGAUCCGUAUUGGUAUCAGUGGCCACCCAUGGAGCCCAUGUGGUUUGGCAUUAUUGGAUUUGUCAUCGCGGUGCUGGGCGUGAUGUCACUGACGGGCAACUUUAUAGUGAUGUACGUCUUUACGUCAUCCAAGUCGCUGCGAACGCCAUCCAACAUGUUUGUGGUUAAUCUCGCCUUCUCCGAUUUCAUGAUGAUGUUCACCAUGUUCCCACCCGUCGUACUAAAUGGUUUCUACGGGACCUGGAUCAUGGGGCCGUUCCUGUGCGAGCUGUACGGCCUCUUCGGUUCCCUCUUUGGCUGUGUGUCCAUCUGGUCGAUGACACUAAUUGCCUACGAUCGUUACUGUGUCAUUGUUAAGGGCAUGGCUCGCAAGCCACUGACAGUCACGGCAGCUGUGCUUCGCCUGCUUGUCGUCUGGACCAUCUGUGGCACAUGGGCUCUAAUUCCGUUGUUCGGCUGGAAUCGAUAUGUGCCCGAGGGUAAUAUGACGGCCUGCGGCACAGAUUACUUUGCCAAAGACUGGUGGAAUCGCUCCUACAUCAUUGUCUAUUCGCUGUGGGUCUACCUUACUCCGCUGCUUACCAUCAUCUUCUCAUACUAUCACAUCUUAAAAGCCGUGGCUGCCCACGAGAAGGCAAUGCGUGAGCAGGCCAAGAAGAUGAAUGUUGCCUCUCUGCGCAACACCGAGGCAGAGAAGAGCAAGGCCAUCGAAAUCAAGCUGGCCAAGGUGGCACUGACCACCAUUUCGCUUUGGUUCUUCGCCUGGACGCCCUAUACAAUCAUCAACUAUGCGGGCAUCUUUGAAUCGAUGCAUCUGUCGCCACUUGCCACAAUUUGUGGCUCGGUGUUUGCCAAAGCAAAUGCUGUUUGCAACCCCAUAGUUUAUGGCUUGAGCCAUCCAAAGUACAAGCAAGUGCUCAAGGAGAAGAUGCCUUGCCUGGCCUGUGGCAAGGAUGAAUUCUCCGGAGACUCGAGAACACAAGCCACCGCUGAGAUUAGUGAAUCUCAAGCUUAAACAAAAUUAACGACGACUGCAGCUGACGACGAGGCUAACGAAGUAGAUGACGGCCUGUGAGACCUACCCACAGGAACCGACAGCUUUACAAGAUUUGGAGACAUUCCGUUUGGUAUGUGGUACAAGAUCAAACUUUGCAUAUAAACACGAAAAUCUAAAAAAAAGUUAGCAUUCAAAAAAAUGUAAAAAAAAUUAACACAAAAAAACCAAUAAA